AUUUUUUUUAAUCUGAAGUCUUUCAUGUUAAUCAAACAUCUGAAGCACAUAAGACAUCUUUUAAGAAUUUCUUACAGAAACAUGCUGGAAGACAGUGGAACUUGUUUUCAUCUAGAGGAUAUUUUCCAUUUUACUAUUUUUAAUUGACUGUCAACAGAUGUGGAAACCACAUCUUUUUGUUGGGUUGUUCCUUCAGUCAUUAAGUGAAGAAAGCGAUGAAUCUACUCAAGAUCAGCAUUCUGAGAAACACGAGCACAUCUUCCUGGCUUUUGAAACUCAGUUUUCUUUGGCUUCUUAGUCAAAAUGGUUGCAGAGCUGGCACUGUUUGGACUGCCUACAUGAACAUAUCAUUUCAUGUUGGGAAUCGUAUGUUAUCAGAGUUGGGAGAGAUUGGAGUGUUUGGAAGAGCCUCUGCUUUGAAGAAAAUCGUAGGUGUUGUUGUUCCACCAGAGGGAAAAAUUCAAAAUGCAUGUAAUCCCAAUACUAGUUUCAGGAAAUCAAAGAUCUCAGACAAGUGGCUUGCGCUUAUUGAGCGUGGAGGUUGUACCUUCACACAAAAAGUUAAGGUGGCCACAGAAAAGGGAGCCAGUGGAGUGAUCAUCUAUAACUUUCCAGGAACUGGCAAUGAGGUUUUUCCCAUGUCUCAUCAGAUAUUCGAAGACAUUGUUGUGGUGAUGAUUGGUAACUUAAAAGGCAUGGAGAUUUUACAUUUAAUUCAGAAGGGUGUUGAUGUUACAGUCAUGAUUGAGAUAGGGAGAAAACACAUCAUCUGGCUCAAUCACUACUUUGUUUCUUUUGUCAUCGUCACAACUGCAACCUUAGUGUAUUUUAUCUUUUAUAAUAUUCGAAAACUUUGGUUAGCAAGGAUUCAGAACAGGAGAUUACUGCGAUUAACAACAAACCUCAAGAAAGCAUUUGAGCAACUCCCACUUAGGGUGCUAAAAGAGGGGGACGAGGAAAUAAUUUCCAAUGGAGACAGUUGUGUAGUUUGCUUUGAACUCUAUAAGCCUAAUGAUGUAGUUCGUAUUCUGACUUGUAAACAUUUUUUCCACAAGAUAUGCAUUGACCCCUGGAUUCUAGCUCAUGGAACAUGCCCUAUGUGCAAAUGUGACAUUCUUAAAGCUUUGGGGAUUGAAGUAGAUAUUGAAAAUGGAAUAGAACCUUUGAGAAUUCUGAUGUCCAAUGAGUUGCCAGGUGUCCUAUCUCCUAUUGAAGAAGGGACAAAUAAUGAACUUCCUCCCACAAGAAGGUCAGAUAAAGUAACCCUCACAGAGGAAGAGGAACACCUUCCUUCUCUGCAUGAAAACCAGACUCAUUCAGUAGUGAAUGUUCAGCCUUUACCCUGAAACAGGACCUUUGAGGAAGUGGAUUAAACCUGUCAGGUCAAAAUACCGACGA